UCGUUUGAAAAUCGUGACGUGCAGUUGUCAAAUGUUUUUCAUGGCGUGUAUUGUCGCUUUGUUAUUGAGAGUUUCAAAUGCAGUUAUUUAUAAGUUAAAUGAUACUGAAUAUGGCCGCAUGCCUUCCCUUUACAAGCUCGAUGACUAUGACAAAUGCCUCAGAACAGGCGGACAAUACUGUGUUGUCAAAAUAACGUUGUCCGCUUCACCAGAUAAUCAGCUGAUGCGCAUGAUUCAAGAAUACUCAGAAGCACGUAUUCAUUACAACCACAGUUACAUAGAUUGGGGUAUAUGCGUCUCCAGCAGAUGUAAAAAUUAUAAUUUAAAAGGAGAUAUCCAACGGAGCAUUGAAAAAUGUCUUAAUGAAUCAUUUUAUAACGAACACAGAUUAGAGGCAAAAGUAACAGUUCACUAUUGUAAUAAUUCUAAAGAAAGGUAUCAGUAUGACUUCGGAGAUUGGAUUUUUGGUUUCGUUCUUGCUUCCAUAAUAUCGUUAAACAUAUUAGCUACAUUAUAUGACAUUCGUUUACGAAGAAUUAACAAUGAAAACGGUAAUCAAUAUUUGUUAAGUUUUUCAAUAAUAAGAAACUGGGGGCUUUUGGUGUCGCAUUACAGCGAUCCUAAGUUUAACAAAUUUGUCUCCAUUCAUGGAAUAAGAACUAUUUUGUCGUUUGGCAUGGUUCUCGGCCACUCUAUGUUUAUUUUUUGUUCAGGAUUUGUUGAUAAUCCCGAGGCUUUAGAACAGGCGUAUCAGAACCCAUUUUCAUACAUAAUAUUUAACGGCCCAAUGGUAAUUCAGACUUAUUUCAUUAUAUCUGGAUGUUUGUUCAGCUAUACUCUUGCUGUGAAUCCGGAUUGGCUAAAGUCGUUUUUAGUGCCAAUGGUAUAUAGGUGGUUCAGACUAACACCAGGGCUCGCUCUUCUCCUUGGAUUUAUAACCACCUGGUACCGACACCUGGGCACAGGACCACUGUGGGACUUCUACGUGUCGCCUGUGGUCAAUGAUUGUAAACAGUAUUGGUGGUCACAUAUACUAUACUUCAAUAAUUAUAUAAAAGAGAACUGUAAUAUACAGACAUGGUAUUUAGCUGCUGAUUUUCAAAUGUAUGCAAUAGCACUGAUAUUAUUCAUAGCCACCCGAAAUCGAGGCAGAAUUUUCGCUAUUUUCCUUUUGUUUCUUAUUGGCUGUGCAGGACCUGCACUUCAUGAUUGGCUCCAAGACGUGAACGGAGUCUUCAUAAUCUAUCCAGAAGCAUAUCGCACGUUUAGUGACGAUAGUUUUGCUGUGGUGUAUGUAUCCUUUUAUAAUAACCUGUGUUCUUUCUCAAUGGGUUUACUAUUGGGCCUGCUAACAUUCAACGCGAGUAAAAAUAAAAUUGACUUCUCAAAGCAUAAGAGAAUCCUCGUAACACUAUUUUGGGCGCUAUUUCUUUUGCUGUUAUUAUUAUUUAUGUCUGGAUAUUUUGUGUAUCCUAACGGCGUGCGCCCAUCACUACCCAUACGGAUUGCCUAUUCAGCUCUUCAUAGGCCGAUGAUGGGAGCCCUAAUGUUUAUUGGAAUAACAAUGAUCGUAUUUAAAGUGGAAGAUGACUUCCGAGCUUUCAUCGAAUGGCCUGGAUGGCGCGUACCGAGUAGAUUGACGUAUGGUGUAUUCUUGGUACAUAUAUGUGUUAUACAUUACAUACAAGGAACAAGGACGCAAUUAUAUAACAUAUCAAUUUUUAAUGUGGUAAUAAUGCACUUGGGAGUUGUGUGGUUGUCAUACCUGCUUGCAGUACCAAUAUAUUUGAUGGUGGAGAAACCUACGUCGAAAAUUACAACCCUCUGCCUCCUCUACGCAUCUACUCGCUUGGUAGUGAAAAAAAAGAAAUAAAUAAUUAACAU